AUGAUAGGUCGUUUGUGGUUGAAGUUUUGUGAAAUUGAGAAUUCUGUUGGUGAUACUACUCCAUUUGAGCCUUUGUGGUUCUUUGUCAGCGGGUGUGCAUCAAUUUUGUGGCUCUCUGUUCCGUGGAUGAUGUACAAUAGCUUUGGAUUUCAUGGGCUUUUGGGUGGACCCACAGCCUGCAUGGGAGGCUUACUGCACCUUAUUGACUUUUAUCAAGGCAGCAUGGCUAGGAAAGUUGUCAAACAUAAGAGGCAUGUUGGUGGCUUGGAGGCUCCUCGAAACAGCUUGGAGCUGCCAGUGGAGACCUCAGAUAGCUAUUGUGCUGCAGGAGAAAAUUCCACUUAUCAAAUGACAGAGACCUGCUCUGAAGGGAGCUGUUAUCCAAUCGAGGCUUCAAUGAAGAACUUGAUCAGGGAGGAGACAUCUAAAAGAUCAAAUGCCAGACACAAUGCACCAAGUGUUGUGGCACGUCUAAUGGGAGUGGAUAUGUUGCCAUUAGAUGCAAAACCAGCAGCACAGCAGGUUGACAAAAAGAAUGGUAAACCAGGAACCAGCUUUCAAAGAGAGGAACGAACGAAAAAUGGGGCUAUUGGCCAUGUCCAUUGUACCCCAAAUUCUUCCAAACAGAUGAAAUCCCAUUCCUUUCACCAUAAUGAAGACAGAAACCCUGAUCGACAGAGUGGUAGCAUGAAGUUGAACAAGCCUAGUCGUCGAGAGCAUCCCCAAGAGGAGGANCCAAAGAGAGGAACGAACGAAAAAUGGGGCUAUUGGCCAUGUCCAUUGUAA